ACGUUGUCAUGGUGUUGACCUGCAGGUGACCCGGAGGCUCUGAAGAAGAAGAGUUUCACCAUGAAGGAAGGAGUGGACUACAGAGUGAAGAUACACUUCAAGGUUAACAGGGAUAUUGUGUCUGGGCUGAAGUACGUCCAUCUGACCUACAGGAAAGGAAUCAGAGUGGACAAGGCUGUGUACAUGGUGGGCAGCUACGGGCCGCGGGUGGAGGAGCACGAGUUCAUGACCCCGGUGGAGGAGGCGCCCAAAGGCAUGAUUGUCAGAGGCAGCUACCACAUCAAGUCCCACUUCACCGACGACGACAAGACCGACCACCUCUCCUGGGAGUGGAACCUGGGGAUCAAGAAGGACUGGGACGAAUAGAGAGGAGCCUCAUUUCUCUCUCCCUCCUUCCCUCUCCCUGUGUCUCCACCUCUCCCUUCCUUCCUUCCUUCUCUCUCCCUCCUUCCCUCUCCCUGUGUCUCCACCUCUCCCUUCCUUCCUCCAUCAAGAA